GUCCGCCGAGCCCUGCGCGCCACUAGAUCGCAGAGAGGGAGGAGAAAGCCGAUUUCCGGAGCCUUCCCUCAUCCCUGUCCAACCUUUGCUCCUCUGAUCAUGGCUGCCGAGGAUGUGGUGGCGACGGGCGCCGACCCGAGCGAGCUGGAGGGCGGGCUGCUGAACGAGAUUUUCACGUCGCCGCUCAACCUGCUGCUGCUCGGCCUCUGCAUCUUCCUGCUCUACAAGAUUGUGCGCGGGGACCAGCCGGCGGCCGGCAGCGACAGCGACGACGACGAUCCGCCCCCGCUGCCCCGCCUUAAGCGGCGCGACUUCACCCCCGCCGAGCUGCGGCGCUUCGACGGCGUCCAGGACCCGCGCAUACUCAUGGCCAUUAACGGCAAGGUGUUUGACGUGACAAAAGGCCGCAAGUUCUACGGGCCCGAGGGGCCAUAUGGGGUCUUUGCCGGAAGAGAUGCAUCCCGGGGCCUCGCCACAUUUUGCCUGGAUAAGGAAGCUCUGAAGGAUGAAUACGAUGACCUUUCUGACCUCACUCCUGCCCAGCAGGAGACCCUGAGUGACUGGGACUCUCAGUUCACUUUCAAGUAUCAUCAUGUGGGCAAACUGCUGAAGGAGGGGGAGGAGCCCACCGUGUACUCAGAUGAGGAAGAACCAAAAGAUGAGAAUGCUCGGAAAAAUGAUUAAAGCAUUCAAUGGAAGCAUAUCUAUUUUUGUAUUUUGCAGAAUCAUUUGUAACAUUCCAGUCUGUCUUUAAAAUGUGGUAAUUUCAAUAUUUAGAAAAGUUUUGAACUUGCUGUAAGUUUUUAAAUUAACAUCACUAGUGAUACUGAUAAAAUUAAUUUCUGUCUUAGAAUGCAUGAUGUUUGUGUCACCAAUCCCGAAAGUGAACUGCAGUGCUGUAAUACAAAUGUUAGUACUGUUUUUCUUCUAUCGUUAUUAAUACAGGCUGAAUUUAAAUUUGUUUUUCCUGAGAGACAAGUAAGACUUCCUCCAAACAGGUAAAAAUGUAAAAUGUGCAAAGUCCUUCAAACACCAAGAACAAAGAAUCAACUUUUAGUCAUGAUGUUCUCGAAAGACAGUAAAUCCCUUAUUUCUCAAUUGACUUAGCUGCAUGAUUUCUGUUUUAUCUACCUCUAAAGCAAAUCUGCAGUGUCUCAAAGGCUUUAGUAUUGAUUAAAGAGAAUUGUCCAGUAACGAAAUGAAAUCUCAAAGCUGGGCUGAGCUGGAAGAAAUGCAUUAGGUGUUUCUAGAUGGCAUCAUUGUCAUCCUUCAGAUAUUCAGACACCCUAACAGUAAUCUACAGUGAAUAAUUAAAACAACGGUGAAAAAUUAAAACAAUCUGAACCUUCAAAAGAAAGCUUUGGGAAAAAUCAGCUGGCUUGCCUAAAAACCUAAAUACAUGAAGAAGAUUGUAGGACUAUUUUCCCAAUUCCCAUGUUCAUGGUGGGGCAAUGGUUAUUUUACAUGAUUUAACAUGAGGGGCGUGUAGAACAGGUGUUUGCUCUCCUAAGAGCCUUCACACAUACCCCUGAAGAAUGAGGAAACAGUAGACAUCACUAGCCAAGUGGUUUUUGAAGUAUAUUCAUAGGGUAACAGUUUUCUGUUAUCACAAAACUAUAGCCACUCAAGAGUAGUAAUUAAGUGUCUAGGUCUUUGAUAUUGGUCUAUUGGUUAAAAAUAAACUUAGCUUAAGUAGACUGUACAGUUGUAUGAAUUUGUAAAAGUAUUAUCUGAACAACUAGUGAGGUUUCAAACUUGUGAUUGUAGUUGAAUAGUAUUUUCAUUGUAUUUUCUUGUGAACUGUGUCUAAUGGUUUUACCUCAAAUCAGAAAACAAAAUGAAGUGCUUUGGUCAGUUAAUAAAAUGGUUUUACCCAGUA